GCUCCUGCACUAGCACUCUGCCGUCCACCUCCCGUCCCAGUAUCCCAGUUCCGGAUCUCCUCUCCUCGGCGCCGCCGCCACGCUUUAAAACCCAGCACUGUGGCCUCGCUGCGGACCAUGCUUCGCCACUGCAGUAGCAGCCACCACCAGCACCGCCACCACCAGAGCACCGCGGCCACUGCCUCCAACACCAUGGCGGCGGCUUCCUCCACCACCUUCUCGCUCUUCUUCCCGCUGCACACCAACAAGGCUGAGUUCGCGCCGGUGGCGAUGGCGGCGGACGGCUUCGACGACGACAGCCACAGCUCCGUUACCACGUCCCCUUCGUCCCCGUCCUCCUCAUCCACGGGCUCCGUCGACUGCACGCUCUCGCUCGGCACGCCGUCCUCGCGCCGCGCCGCCGAGACCACCAAGCAGCGCCCCGCGUGCCUCGCGUCUUGUGGCAGCGUGUCGUGGGACGUCGCCGCCACUAUUGAUCCGUCCUACUGCUGCUGCUGCUGCUGCCAGGGCGGCAGCAGGCCCGCUGCGGCGGCCGCCGCCGCCGCCAUGAACAAGACCGCCGUACCGUGCGCCGGGCACGGGCAGGACCCGAUGCUCGUGGACCGCCGCUGCGCCAACUGCGGCACCUCGUCCACGCCGCUGUGGAGGAACGGACCUCGCGGCCCCAAGUCCCUGUGCAACGCCUGCGGCAUCAGGUUCAAGAAGGAGGAGCGGCGCGCGGCGGCGACGGCGACGGCGGCCAUGGACCAGGGCGGGUGCGGCUACUUCGCGCAGCGGGCGCAGUACGGCGCGGCGGCGGCGGCGGCAGCCGGAAGUGCGGCGCCCGUGCCCUACGGCGGCUGCGAGGCGCCGGCGUUCCCGUGCGGCGGCGGUGGCGACGUCGUGGACGCCGAGGCCGUGCCGCCCCAGUUCCUCGCGUGGCACCUCGACGUCGUCGCGCCGGCGGCGCAGGCGGCCGCGUUCGCCGCGGUCUGGCCGGAGCGGACGACCAGGUUCCAGUACAACUAGCUAGCUAGUCCUCUGGAAAUGAAGCUGACGAAGGCCUGUCUCUGUCUGUUUCGGUGGGGGUGCAAGUGUAACGUUUUUUUGGGGGGGUGCGUGUGGGAGGUUUGUUGCACGGUUUGCACGCGGCUGAAUGCAACUUGGAACGUGUAGGUAGGGGUGUGGCACGGUGGCGGCACGCAUGUAUUUUGUCCAUCGUGGAAUUCAAAU